AUGGACAAUGCCACAGAGCCCUACCGGCCUGAUCAGGAAAAGCAACAACAAAUACCCGCAUCGGCGAACCAGAUUAGAGACAUUGAUAUUAUUGGCGAUGACGCUGAACACGACAAGACGCGCCUGCAGCUGGAAAAAAAGCUCCGCCUGAAGGUGGACUUGCGCCUGUGCUCUAUCGCGGGGCUCUUGUGCAGUCUCAAUCUGCUGGAUUCGGGCAUUAUCUCGUCAGCCUCGGUGACGAGCAUGUUUACCGAUCUGGGACUAGAAGGCCAGCGCUACUCUGUCUCCAUCUUUAUCUUCACUGUUGCAAGUAUUGUCUUCCAGCUGCCGUCGACCGUGGCAGUGCGCUUCGUUGGGCCACGGUUAUGGUUUGCUCUAAUCACCUUUUGCUUCGGCCUCGUCACUCUCUGCACGGCUUUUGUGCAGACAUGGCGUCAAAUGAUUGUGCUGCGCGUGCUGCUUGGUAUCUCCAUGUCCGGUAUCUACCCCGGACUGACUUAUUUGAUUAGUACGUGGUACACGCGCAAAGAGCAGCAAUUGCGCUUCGCCUAUAUGCAGUCGGGCGAAGUCCUGAUCCUAGCCACGGGAAACAUCGUCAACUACGGCCUCAACCAUCUGGAUGGACGCGCCGGCUUGGCGGGCUGGCGCUGGAUGUACAUUGUCCAGGGCCUCGUCGCCUGUCUUAUCGGAAUUACCACUUACUGGUGGAUGGUCGACUUUCCUGAAAAGGCAGGCGAAUCCUUCCUGUUUCUCUCCGAGUCUGAGAUCCAGCUAGCCAUAGAGCGCAUCCGUGACGACCGCGACGAUGUUAUUCCAGACCCCUUUUCGUGGGAAAAGAUCUUUGUGCAUUUCCUCGACCCAAAACUGUACGGCUUUGCUGUUCUCUUUUUCCUGUUGAACCUGGUGUCGACAUCCAUGUCGUAUUUCCUUCCCAUUAUCCUGGAGUCUGGAAUGGGCUUUUCCGAGAACGCGAGCAUCGUCCUGUCUGCUCCGCCAUACUACUGGGCCGUCAUCCCAGUGCUGUUCACCUCCCUCAUCGGCGACAAACUCCGCCUGCGCGGACCCAUGGUCAUAUUCAACGCGCUCGUCCUAAUUGCAGGUUUUCUCAUGUUCGGCCUCCCCGUCUCCAACCAAGUGGCUGUCCGAUACAUUGGCACAUACCUCGCCACCGGCGCCUACAUCUCCAACUGGGCCGCUCUAAACGCAUACCAAGCGAACAACAUCGUCGGCCAAUGGAAACGCGCUACCGUUGCUGCUGCUGUGUCUGCCUGCAACGGCCUCGGUGGCAUUGCGGGUAGCUUUAUUGUGCGCCAGCAGGAAGCGCCGUGGUAUCCCACUGCGGUGUGGGUGUCGAUCGGCUCGCAUGCGCUUAUGAUUGCGAUUGUGAUAGUGUUUUCGCUUUGGUUUGGGGCUACGAAUCGGUUGGAGAGGAGUGGGAAGAUUCUUAUUGAGGGUGUGCCUGGGUUUAGAUACACGUACUGA